AUCGACGCCCGAAGAGUCAGCGAAGGUGUUUCAUGCUGGCAAUCGCUGAGUUCUAUAUUCAUAAUGCAUCCAAUUACGAUGACAACAACUACCGCAAUCCCCAAGCUUUGUUUAAUGACCCAGCUUCGUUUGAUCCUCCAAUUCUAUCGAAUGCCGCAGCUCCAUCAAGUGCUGCAACUCCAUCAAAUGAUGCAGCUCUAUCGAAUGCUGCAGCUCUAUCGAAUGCUGCAGCUCCAUCGGAUGCUGCAUUAAGUGCUGUUAAGACUUUGGCUAGGAAUCGAGGCCCUACUUCAAUCAACAGAUCCAGAAAGCGACCUAAAUAGACCCGACCCUUGGUGAAGUAGUUCCAAAACAUUAGGCUGUACGCACGUAA